AUGAGCAGGGACGUGAGAGGCGGCAGAGGGGCUGCCCGGGGAAGAGGCCCUCAGGGCUGGCGAGGCGGGUGGCGAGGCGGGUGGCGAGGCGGAUGGCGAGGCGGAGGGCAGAAGGGACAGUGGAGCAGAAUGCCCGAACCUGUAAGAUCUCGACUAGUUCAGUCAACGUUGGACCAAUUUAUUCCCUAUAAGGGCUGGAAACUUUAUUUCUCUGAAGCUUAUGCUGACAAGUCUCCUUUUGUCCAGAAGACUCAAGCCUUUGAGAAGUUUUUCAUGGAACGCAUUGAGCUUUAUGAUAAGGAUGAAAUAGAAAGAAAAGGAAGUAUUCUUGUGGAUUAUAAGGAACUAAUACAAGACAAAGAAUUGACUAAAUCAAUACCAAAUAUAUCUACUGAAUUAAGGGAUAUGCCUCAGAAAAUACUGCACUGUAUGGGUCUGGCAAUUCAUCAGGUGUUAACAAAGGACCUUGAAAGGCAUGCUGCAGAGCUGCAGGUGCAGGAAGGAUUACCGCUUGAUGGAGAACCUAUCAUAAAUGUGCCUCUCAUUCAUGCUAGGGUGUACAACUAUGAUCCGCUAACUCAGCUGAAAAACGUUCGGGCCAACUGCUAUGGAAAAUAUAUUGCCUUACGUGGUACCGUUGUGCGUGUCAGUAACAUUAAGCCUCUCUGCACUAAGCUAGCUUUCGUUUGUGGCACAUGUGGAGAUGUUCAGAGUGUGCCUCUACCUGAUGGAAAGUACACCCUUCCAACUAAGUGCCUUGUUCCCGAGUGCCGUGGCCGGUCCUUCACCGCUGACAGAAGCUCUCCUUUAACCACUACAGUGGACUGGCAGUCUGUUAAGGUGCAAGAGCUCAUGUCAGAUGAUCAGCGAGAAGCAGGCCGAAUCCCUCGCACAAUCGAAUGUGAACUGGUUCAAGAUCUUGUGGACAGCUGUGUCCCAGGAGAUAUGGUCACAAUUACAGGGAUAGUUAAGGUGUCGAGUACUGAGGAAGGAGCUUCUAAAAAUAAGAAUGACAAGUGUAUGUUCUUGUUGUACAUUGAGGCAAAUUCUGUCAGCAACAGUAAAGGCCAAAAACUGAAGAAUUUUGAUGAUGAGACUUUUCAAAGAUCGUUCAUGGAGUUUUCACUUAAAGACCUCUAUGCUGUUCAAGAAAUUCAAGCUGAGGAAAAUCUGUUCAGGCUUAUCGUGAACUCUCUUUGUCCUGCAAUCUACGGCCAUGAGAUUGUAAAGGCAGGUUUGGCCCUCGCGUUAUUUGGAGGAUGUCAGAAGUUUGUAGAUGACAAGAACAGAAUCCCGGUGCGAGGAGAUCCACAUGUUCUGGUUGUUGGAGAUCCAGGAUUAGGAAAAAGUCAAAUGUUGCAAGCAGUAUGUAACGUUGCUCCUCGUGGUGUGUAUGUUUGUGGUAAUACUUCCACCAGCUCUGGCCUGACUGUUACACUGUCUAGAGAUGGGGCUUCUGGAGAUUUUGCCUUGGAAGCUGGUGCUUUAGUGCUUGGAGAUCAAGGAAUUUGUGGAAUAGAUGAAUUUGAUAAGAUGGGAAACCAGCAUCAGGCUUUGUUGGAAGCCAUGGAACAGCAAAGCAUCAGCCUUGCCAAGGCUGGCAUUGUUUGCAGUUUGCCAGCUCGGACGUCUAUUGUUGCUGCGGCAAACCCAGUUGGAGGACAUUAUAACAAAGCCAAAACAGUGUCUGAGAACUUAAAAAUGGGGAGCGCUUUAUUGUCGAGAUUUGAUCUGGUUUUCAUUUUGCUGGACACCCCAAAUGAAGAUCACGAUCACUUGCUGUCUGAGCAUGUGAUGGCAAUCCGAGCGGGAAAGCCGGCAGCAUGCAGCAGCGCUGUUGUGACUCGUACCAACACGCAGGAUCGCUCUGUUCUCGAAGUUGUUUCAGAUCGACCGCUGCUUGAAAGACUAAAGAUCUUACCAGGAGAAAACUUUGAUGCCAUUCCACACCAGCUGCUGAGGAAGUAUGUUGGAUAUGCUCGGCAGUACGUUCACCCAAAUUUAUCUCCAGAAGCUGCUCAGGUCCUGCAGGAAUUCUACCUUGAGCUCCGGAAACAGAACCAAGGAGUAGACAGCACACCAAUCACCACGAGGCAGCUGGAGUCACUGAUUCGACUUACGGAGGCACGAUCAAGGCUGGAAUUAAGGGAGAAAUCUACCAAGGAAGAUGCUGAGGAUGUAAUAGAAAUAAUGAAAUAUAGCAUGCUGGGAACCUACUCCGAUGAGUUUGGAAAACUGGACUUUGAACGUUCACAGCAUGGGUCGGGGAUGAGUAAUCGGUCACAAGCGAAAAGAUUUGUUUCUGCCCUUAACAGUAUCGCAGAGAGAACUUACAACAAUCUCUUUGACUUGCAACAGCUUCGACAGAUUGCCAAGGAGCUACAAAUACGAGUAUCCGAUUUUGAAAGCUUUAUUGGAUCCCUAAAUGAUCAGGGUUAUCUUUUGAAAAAAGGGUCAAGAAUUUAUCAGCUUCAGACUAUGUGAAAAGAGCCGCUGUGAUGAACUUCCUUGAGACACAAUGGUUAUGUCUGGGGUGGAACCGAUGGACCUGCGGCAGUAAAGCAGCUGAAACCGCAGCCUGCCAUGGCAGCCGAUGUGCUGCUGGCACUGUCGCUCACUGGGGUGGGAGAUGCCCUUCCAAAAGCUAGUGGUGCCCACGGGCUUGCUUUUCAUUGUCAUAGGACAAGCUGGACUCAUCCUAUAGAUGUGCUAGCCCAAACCUGCUGGUCUUAGCCCUCUGUAAGACUGGCAUGUUCCUCAUCAUCCUUGAGGAGCAGGAAGCGUCAUUUUUAUACUGACGCUAUCACAGUGCCAUAACAGAUUUUAGGUUAGUGGUGUUGGACCCACAAAUCUAAAACCAGACAUCUUUCAUGAGAAGAUGACGAGUUGUGUUUUUUAGCACCGUAGUUCAUUUGAGCAAUUUAAAGUAUAGAAAUGUUUCAAAAAAAGUUGGGAACCUUCAAGUUGAGACAACACAGUUUUGUAGCUGUAAGAAGCGAUACCAUAUUGACAGACACUGCCUUGAUUUUCUGCUUUGCAGCUUUGUAUUUAUCGGUCUUUGUAGUUGAGAUUGUAUUUGAA